CCCACACACAGCAAUCCAGUCGGGAACCUUAUCACAAGUCUUCACAUUCAUGAUCGGUGCUGGCUCCAAGUGACAACUGAAUCAAUCUUAAAAGGGCAGAUACUCAUUGCAAUUUGCUGAUUUCAUCAGAACUCACUCACUGAAGCCUCAGAUUAUGUUUUCAAUAUCAUUUCCAGGAUUCGCUUCUCACUCGGGCGCGUUUUAACCAGUUUGCCCUGGAGCCUAAGGAACAAGUUAUGAGCAAAGAUCCAGUCGUUAGUUUGCUGAGUUUCACACAGCUCAGCAUGGACAAAAGAAGGAGUGAGAGCUCAGUUCUCGCCAGAGGCAAGGAGAAACGAACGUCUAUCUCAAGUAAAGCAAGAACCAAUAGCCUUACUUCAACAUGUAAAGCAGCAACAACAGAGGUUGGAGGAGUGAAAGGGGGAGUGCCACUGGGGAAUGUUUUAAGUGUGACACGCCCUCCCGCAUUCACCUUCAGUGGGAUUGUCGUUGCCAGGAGACUAACAAAGAAUUUAAAGGAGAGAACAGCUUUGAAGCGAGCUGCAAAGAUACCAACGGUUACCAAGAUUAUAAACGAACAGGUGCCACCGUUUUCCUCGAACCCCCCUCAGAAGUUUUGCACCUUCCGAGUUCGAGGGUUCCUGGAGGAAUACCUGCCUGACAAGCUUCGUGGCAUCACUUACGGCCCUGCCCUCGCCAGUCAGCUCUCGAAAGAAAUGAGCGACGAGAUUAAAACGUUUGCGAAAGGGAUCCUGCCGCCCAGAUACAAGCUGGUGUGCAUGGUAACACUGGGCGAGAAGAGAAAUGAGGAUGCUGUGUUGACCAGCCGGGCACUCUGGGACAGUUAUGCAGACACCUUUGUGUCCCAUUGCUCUGAGUGUGGCACCAUGUUUUGUGUGGCCUGUAUCUUUGCUGUGUACUGUGAGUGAACAACUCUUUGGCUGGAGGCUUACAGUAUCAGAAGGAUUACAUCGGCUUAGGUUAAGUAGAGGAGAUUGCUGGGGAUCUAAUUGCUGUGCUGAGAGGUACCUGGAGACAAUUGUUUUCCUUUGGUGUGAGGGAGACUCUUUAUCAACUGCUUUCUCCACCUGUUCAUUGCUCUGCACCCCUUCUAGAACUGUACCCGUUAUGUUGUGUUGUCUGCUCAUGUUCUGUGUACCCUGUUAUGACACGGGUAAACCCUUCUGCUAAUUUAAACCAAACACACAGAAAAGUUCACCUCGCCUCGGAAUCUGUUAAAGUAUGAAUGACAGAGAUCUACCCCAAAUCUCACCGCUUAAAGACAAAGAAAUAAUUUUAUUCUUUAACUCCAAAAGAGAUCAUUAAACAAUUAUCGACAACUGUAUGCCUCCUUUGUCUU